GACACCCCUAUGCAGUUGGAUACAAACAGUCAGCUAAAAAUAGAAACUAACCCCCAAAUUCCCGCGCUCCAAGAUCUACUCUCUACAGGAGACCAAACCGAAUUAACAAAUCCAUACUUACCCGAUCCAAGAGCACAUACAGAAGCAAUGGAAGUCAAAAGAAUGUUCGAAAAUCCACAAAACUCGGACCUGGCCUGGGACAACCCAUGGGUCCCAAUCCUGAAUACAGACCAUGAACUAGCUCUACAAACUGACUGGAUUAAAAUAUCUACAGACAGGAAGUCCCAAAGUAAACCACCACUACCUUCUACUCUACAAGAAGUGCUAUCCUACACCAAAUCCAUCCAAAUGCCGGAAGAUAUUCACAUCCCAGCAAAGGAGCAAUCUUAA